AUGGGUGUUGUGAAGUCAGCGCUUGGUGACAUGCUGAUGACCUUCUCCUGGGUCGUCCUCUCAGCGACGUUCGGUUUACAAACGACGGCGAUUAUCUCCGCCGCGGGUUUUCAGGGAAUCACUUGGGCUCCGUUGGCCAUCACCACGUUUCUAAUUUUCGUCUACGUCUCGACGUUCACCGUUGUGUUCGGUAGCGCGAGCUUUAACCCUACCGGAAACGCCGCGUUUUAUGCCGCCGGUAUCCCCGGAGACACGCUUUUCACCUUGGCCAUCAGAUUACCUGCUCAGGCAGCUGGUGCGGCAGGAGGUGCAUUGGCAAUCAUGGAGUUCAUACCAGAGAAGUACAAGCACAUGAUUUCUGGACCUUCUCUUCAGGUUGAUGUGCACACUGGAGCUAUUGCUGAAACCAUCUUAAGUUUCGGUAUUACCUUUGCGGUUUUGCUUAUCAUCCUCAGGGGUCCACGGAGAUUACUUGCCAAGACCUUCUUGCUCUCUCUUGCAACCAUUUGCUUCGUUGUUGCUGGCUCUAAAUACACUGGACCAGCCAUGAAUCCUGCCAUUGCGUUUGGGUGGGCAUACAUGUACAGCUCUCACAACACAUGGGACCAUUUCUAUGUCUAUUGGAUCAGUUCCUUCGUUGGAGCUUUAUCUGCUGCAUUGAAUUCCAAAAACCGCACUCGCAAAUCGCAAUCCAUCGCCGAUCUGGAUCCGUCAAAGGAUCCGCCGCAGACAUCGGCGUCCUCCGCCACCGCAACCGCCAACAAGAUCCGAUACCGUUCCCCUUCCGCCUCCGAGCUACUCGAGUCAGGACUCGCCACUUCUCCCACCUCCGACUCUCACCAGAGCCUCAUGACGGCGGCGAAGCGAGCGAUCGGGAGGCACGAGUCGCUCUCCGAUAAGAUCCAUAGGCAUCGGAGUGUCAUACUCCUGAUCUCGAUUCCGAUCGUGUUGAUCACUUUAGUGAUUCUGUUGAUGCCGGGGACGUCGGUGAUCGAGGAGUACACGUUGAGAAACAGCGAAGGAAGGGGAUUGAAGAACUACGCAGUGAUUUUCGACGCGGGGAGCUCGGGAAGCCGUGUGCAUGUUUACUGUUUUGAUCAGAAUUUGGAUCUCGUUCCGUUGGAGAAUGAGCUUGAGCUCUUCCUUCAGCUAAAACCAGGGUUGAGUGCGUAUCCUACUGAUCCUAGGCAAUCAGCAAACUCUUUGGUAUCUCUUCUUGACAAAGCAGAGGCUUCUGUUCCACAUGAGUUGCGUCCUAAGACUCCUGUUAGAGUUGGGGCAACUGCAGGUUUGAGAGCUUUGGGUCAUACAGCCUCUGAAAACAUUUUGCAAGCGGUUAGGGAGCUACUGAAAGAUAGAAGCAGGUUGAAGACUGAGGCAAAUGCAGUUACUGUUCUGGAUGGUACUCAAGAAGGUUCUUAUCAGUGGGUGACCAUCAACUACUUGCUAAAGACUUUGGGAAAGCCUUACUCAGAAACAGUUGGAGUGGUUGAUCUUGGAGGGGGCUCUGUUCAAAUGGCAUAUGCUAUAUCAGAGGAAGAUGCUGCAACUGCACCAAAACCAUUACAAGGCGAGGAUUCUUAUGUCAGAGAAAUGUAUCUCAAGGGACGGAAGUAUUUCCUCUAUGUUCACAGCUACCUACAUUACGGGUUAUUGGCUGCGCGAGCGGAAAUUCUGAAAGUCUCUGAAGGCUCUCACAACCCCUGCAUUGUGACCGGCUAUGAUGGUACUUACAAGUAUGGUGGAAAAGCGUUCAAAGCAGAAGCUUCUUCAUCUGGCGCAAGUCUAGACGAAUGCAGGCGAGUAGCUCUUAACGCACUCAAAGUCAAUGAUUCACUGUGUACACACAUGAAAUGCACAUUCGGUGGAGUAUGGAACGGUGGAGGCGGUGGUGGCCAAAAGAAUAUGUUUGUUGCAUCCUUUUUCUUUGAUAGAGCCGCUGAGGCUGGUUUUGUUGACCCGACGCAACCUGUAGCUACGGUUCAACCACUUGACUUUGAGAAAGCAGCCAUCCAAGCGUGUAGCAUGAAAAUAGGAGAAGGAAAAUCGAAGUUCCCACGUGUGGAGGAAGACAAUCUUCCUUACUUAUGCUUGGAUCUUGUUUACCAAUAUACUCUUCUCGUUGAUGGAUUCGGAUUGAAGCCAUCACAGACAAUAACGUUAGUGAAGAAAGUGAAGUAUGGAGAACACGCCGUGGAAGCUGCGUGGCCACUAGGAAGCGCCAUAGAGGCCGUAUCCUCGCCAUGA